AUGAAGCCCGAAUCAUUCGCUCGAUGCGCGGGCGCGUCGCACGCGAGCGGCCGCGACACAGCGCGUCCCCGUACCCGCAUCGCAGGACAACGGGGACCCGCUGAUGCGCGAGGUGGAGCUGGCGACGAUGGUGACGGUGGUCGACGCGGGCAACUUCCAGCGGGACUUCGCGUCCAAGGCGCCGCUCGUGUCGCGCCCGGACCUCGGCGACGGCGGCAACUUCCGCCCCGUCGUGGACCUCCUCGUCGAGCAGGCACGGCGGCCACGGCACACCCCCCCCUCCCCGCAUCAUUUCGUUCGCACGCAUCCGCCCGUGCUCAUGGGGAACCCGGCCCGCGCUUGCAGAUCGAGUGCUCCGACACCAUCCUGAUCAACAAGAUCGACCUGGUCAAGGGCGACAAGGCGCUGGCGUCCCUGCGCGCCAUCGUGUCGUCGUUCAACCCCAUGGCCGAGUGCCUCGCGGUCGAGCAGGGCCGGUGCCCCAUGCACGUCCUCUUCGACCGCAAGCGCCCCGCGCUCAUGGCCGGCCUCACCUCCGAGGGGCAGCACAAGGGCGCCGUCGCCGCAGCGCGCGCCGCCGACGUUGGCGGGGCCUGCGACCACGCGCACGGCGGCGAGGGGCCCUGCACGACGUGCGACGCGCGGCGCGGGCGCGGCGGCGCGACGACCGCCGCGGUGCGCUUCGGGAUCACGUCGUUCGUGUACGAGCGGCGGCGGCCCUUCCACCCGCAGCGGCUGCGCCGGACGGUCCUGCGCUGGCUCCCGAGCACCGCGGCGCUCAAGCCCAGCGCGGGGGACGCCGCGGAGGACGCGGCGCAGGGCCAGCCCGGCGACAGCCCGCUGCAGCGCGUGCUGCGCAGCAAGGGCUUCUGCUGGAUGUCUAACAGCCACUCGAAGGCGUACUUCUGGUCGCACGCGGGGCAGCACUUCGAGAUGCGGGACGAGGGCGACUGGUGGGCGUCGGUGCCCGAGGCCGAGUGGCCCGCGGACGCCGCCGGCCGGCUGUCCAUUGCGCGGGACUUUGACCUGGCCGCGUACGCGCCCGACGGCGGCGCGCGGGCCGACGUGGCGCUGCCGCCCGGGGACCGCCGGCAGGAGGUCGUGUUCAUCGGCGCCGGGAUGGACGAGGCCGCGAUCGCGUCGGCGCUCGACGAGUGCCUCCUGACCGACGACGAGCUCGCGCUGUACCACGAGAACUGGGGGCGUCUCAGAGACCCCGGGGGGGAGUCCGUGCGGGCCGCCGUGGCGCAGGCGAUCGCGCAGAAGCAAGCGGCGCAGUCGUGA